AUUUCAGGAAAUUCUACUUUUAAUGUUUUGUGCUGCUUCAGGCCCACUGUUUUUCAAUGUUGGUGUGGUCAAAGUUAAUAGAAUUCUGAUAUGUGGCUUGUGAUAUGAGACUUGAAAAAUUAUGUUCUAUCCCAUUAAGGUGUUCAAACGCUAUGUGGAGAUUGGUCGAGUGGCCUAUAUUUCCUUUGGGCCUCAUGCGGGCAAACUGGUAGCAAUUGUGGAUGUUAUCGAUCAGAACAGGGCAUUGGUAGAUGGUCCCUGCAGUGGGGUCAGAAGACAGGCUAUGCCGUUCAAGUGCAUGCAACUGACUGACUUCGUUCUCAAGUUCCCUCAUAGUGCUCGCCAGAAGUUUGUGCGUCUUGCCUGGGAGAAAGAAAAUAUUAAUGAGAAAUGGAAAGCCACAAGAUGGGCACAGAAAAUUGAGGCCAGGAAGAAGAAAGCCAAGAUGACAGAUUUUGAUCGUUACAAGGUCAUGAAGGCCAAGAAAAUGAGAAACAGGAUCAUCAAGCAUGAAGUCAAGAAGCUUCAGAAGGCCACUGCUGCUGCUCCCAAAAAAGCAUAAACUGUCUGCAGUCAAAUAAACUUCAUUUAUAUACACCUAC